AAACAGCACAGCACCCGUGUUUCUGUUGCUUCGCCGAAGUGCGGUGUUGUGGAAUUUGCGUUUCCACUGCUCUUCUCAUCAUUCCCUCUCCUCUCUCUCUCUCUCUCUCUCUCUCUCUCUUCGUUCCUCGUCCCUCCUCCUCCUCCUCCCCUUCCCCUCCAGGAACACGCGAGGAUCAGCUCGUCUCCUUCGAUUUCCUUUCAUUUUUCUUGUGGGGUUGGGGGCGGUGGGGUAAUUUCAUAUUCGUGGCCACCAUUUGCGUAUCCCCAUCUUGUGUCGCGUAACAUAAGAUGUUGUGCUGUGGAGGUGUAGAGGAGGACUUCGGACCGCCACUUAAUCAAGCAAUUCCCCCACCAAACCACAAUGCUCCUGGAAACGAUCGAGUGCCGAGAGGGCCCCAUGCCGGCAGAGGUGGUGGGCCCCAAAAGGCCAUGAACAUUGAGGUGCCAUCCUUUCCACUAUCGGAGCUGAAUAGGUUCACGAAUAAUUUUAGCGACAAUGCCUUAAUUGGAGAAGGCUCAUACGGUCGAGUUUACCGUGCAACUCUAAGUUCGGAAGAAACCGCUGCAUUAAAGAAACUGGAUCCUAGCGUAUGCCAAGAUCCGGAAUCAGACUUUGUUUCGCAGUUGGCAAUGGUUUCAAAACUCAAGAAUGAAUAUUUUGUGGAGUUGUUGGGCUACUGUUUGGAGGAAAGUAACAGGAUACUGGUCUACCAAUUUGCAACAAAAGGUUCAUUGCAUGAUACUUUGCAUGGGAGGAAAGGAGUCCAAGGAGCUGAACCUGGUCCUGUUUUGAGCUGGAGCCAACGUGUGAAAAUAGCUUACGGAGCAGCAAGAGGUCUAGAGUACCUUCAUGAGAAGGUUCAGCCCUCAGUUGUGCAUCGAGAUGUCCGAUCUAGCAAUGUUCUUUUGUUCGACGAUUAUAAUUCCAAGAUUGCUGAUUUUAAUCUGACGAACCAAUCCACCGACACAGCAGCUCGUCUACAUUCAACGCGGGUUUUAGGAACUUUUGGCUAUCAUGCUCCAGAGUACGCUAUGACCGGACAGUUGACCCAGAAGAGCGAUGUUUACAGCUUUGGAGUUAUUCUUCUCGAGCUUCUAACGGGGAGAAAGCCGGUAGACCACACCAUGCCUAAGGGGCAACAGAGCCUUGUUACUUGGGCAACUCCAAGGUUGAGCGAAGACAAAGUUAAACAGUGUGUGGAUCCCAAGCUUGACAAUGAGUACCCGCCGAAGGCCGUAGCCAAGAUGGCGGCGGUCGCAGCGCUGUGUGUUCAGUACGAAUCCGAUCUCCGACCAAACAUGACUAUUGUCGUCAAGGCUCUUCAACCUCUUCUCAGCUCGAAACCGGGGCAAGACCACAAUACCUGAUCCGCCUGAAUUAUAGUGUUUGUAAUGCAUUCUUUUGAGAAAAAUGCAUGCAUGUUGAUCCGCAUAACCCCUCUCUCAGUAUUGCUCAAUGUGAGUUUUAUGGAGACAAUACAUGGUAUAUAUACUUUGUACUAUCGCAUGCUUUACUUGCGGAUCAUUUUUUCCAAAUC